AUGAAUAAUGUUGCCGCAGACGAAACAGUACUGAAAUCACUUCAAGUAGCUGCACAAACUUAUUCAAAUUAUAUCUCUGCAUACAUUGAUGUGCUCAAUAAGUACAUUGGGCAUCAGCGUCGAGUCUCUACGCUACGGUUUGAGCGAGCAACAUUAAUUAAGUUCGUAAAAAAGCUAAGGUUCUUCAACGAGUAUUUGUACACGCUCGACUACGUGGAAAUUGAGUCGGGGGACAAGAACCUAGUGCGAAUUGUUACGUCCCUUGCAUCAUUUUUCAUCCGAUGUCUCGAAAUGCUUGAUCUUCUGAAUUAUUACUUGACGCAAUCCUUGAAGAAUGAAACUAUAUCCAAAACAUUGAACAAGGACUUGACUGUGAGUGAAGAUUGUAUUGCUUAUAUUGAGGACACUUAUCGCCAUUUCGUGAAAUUCACUCAAUGGAUGGUUGAAUCUCUGAAUUUAAAAAGCGCUGACUUAUCCGUUGAGAUUGUACAGUUUGCUCGAAAGUGUGCCAAAGAAGAUGGAUUAAAUACCGAAGAUACAGAAGAAAUUCUUCUACAAGAGAUAAACUUGGUGUCGGAUGUUGACGAGUACCAGGAACUACUUGACGAAUGGUGUCGUUUGCUAACUGAAAAAUAUAUGACAUUGAAUGCAGCAUUUGAAAACGAAGCCACUUAUUGGAGUGAAGUGUUCGAUCAUCGUAAAUAG